CUUUCAGGAGCUGACAGGAGUCACCAGCAGAGUCAAAGAACUAAACAACUUAACUCAGUCAAACUCUCAAAGAUGAAGACAUUCAGUGUUGCAGUCACAGUGGCCGUCGUGCUCGUCUUUAUUUGUAUCCAGCAGAGCUCUGCCACCUUCCAUCAGGUACAAGAGCUGGAGGAGGCAGUGAGCAAUGACAAUGCAGCUGCUGAACAUCAAGAGACAUCAGUGGACUUGUGGAUGAUGCCAUACAACAGACAGAAGCGUGGCUUUAAGUGCAAGUUCUGCUGCGGCUGCUGCAGACCUGGUGUCUGUGGACUUUGCUGCAGAUUCUGAGGAUUCCUGCUCCAACAACCAUCAAAUAUUCAUU